UAAGUAUAUGUCAUCAGUGAGGAGAGAUGCCAAGGGCCAGUAUCUGUUUGACCUUCUCUGCCACCACCUAAACUUGCUGGAGAAGGACUACUUUGGAAUUCGCUUUGUGGACCCCGACAAGCAGAGGCACUGGCUGGAGUUUACAAAGUCUGUUGUCAAGCAGAUGAGAGCCCAGCCUCCGUUCACCAUGUGUUUUCGGGUGAAGUUUUAUCCCACCGACCCUGCUGCUCUGAAAGAGGAAAUAACCAGGUAUUUAGUCUUCCUGCAGAUCAAGAGAGAUCUCUACCAUGGCCGCCUUCUCUGCAAGACUUCCGACGCUGCAUUGUUAGCCGCCUAUAUUCUUCAAGCGGAGAUUGGGGACUACGACCCUGGGAAACACCCAGAAGGCUACAGCUCCAAGUUCCAAUUUUUCCCCAAACAUUCAGAAAAGCUGGAAAGGAAAAUCGCAGAGAUUCACAAAACAGAACUCAGCGGCCAGACACCAGCUACGUCAGAGUUAAAUUUUUUACGAAAAGCCCAGACCCUGGAGACGUACGGGGUUGACCCGCACCCAUGCAAGGACGUGUCUGGAAAUGCGGCAUUUUUGGCCUUCACUCCCUUUGGGUUUGUUGUUCUGCAGGGAAACAAGAGAAUUCACUUCAUCAAAUGGAACGAGGUAACCAAAAUGAAAUUUGAGGGAAAGACAUUCUAUUUAUAUGAAAAGAAAAUUGUUCUGACUUAUUUUGCUCCAACCCCAGAAGCGUGCAAGCAUCUCUGGAAAUGCGGGAUCGAAAACCAAGCUUUUUACAAGUGCCUCCGUGCCGAAGCAAGCAGCCUCAUCUCCGUCCUCUGUGCGGAGCACCCGGUGCCACAGAAGGACUCGGUGUCCAAGACUCCAUGGCACCACCAUUCACCGGCGCCAAAGACGGCUUCCCACCCCGUCACUAAGCACACGGCCCGUCUCUCUCACUACUCCCUUUGCUCCUCAGGCCUGGAGUCUCUGAGGGACAGCGCUCACUCGACCCCGGUGCGCUCAGCCUCUCACAGCGACGCUUUCCUGCCCCCCGUGCGGAGCAGCCGAGUGGACAGCAGCGAGCGAGUGGCAAUCAUCUCGGACGAGAUCUACAGCCCCGCCGACAGCGUGCUGCCCACGCCGGUGGCCGAGCACAGCCUGGAGCUGAUGCUGCUCUCCAGGCAGAUCAAUGGCGCCCCCUGCAGCAUCGAAGAGGAAAAGGAGUCUGAAGCCAACACCCCGACAGCCACAGAGGCUGAUGAGAUGAGAGGAGAGUUCAAAGCCCUGUGUCAGGGUGUCGGAGGCACUGGCGGGACACAAGCUACACAGGUGAAUAAGUUUGUUUUAAGUGUCCUCCGUUUGCUCCUUGUGACAGUUGGACUCCUCUUUGUUUUGCUCCUUCUCCUGAUCAUCCUUACCGAGUCUGACCUUGACGUUGCCUUUUUCCGUGAUAUUCGCCAGACCCCCGAGUUUGAACAGUUCCAUUAUCAAUACUUUUGUCCCCUCAGGCGAUGGUUUGCCUGCAAAGUCCGCUCCGUGCUGAGCCUGCUCAUUGACACCUGAAGGCAUGACUCUUCCUAAUAACUAGCCAGGUGGAUUCAGAAGAUACCUGCUACCAGUUCCCAGCACAUGGGACCCAUCGUGGCACCAUCGGCCCAUAAACUAAGUCCUCCUUUCAUGAAUCAAAGUACACUGCGCCGUAGGAUGUUUGUUUCCUGGAAGAAGAAAAGGAUAGGGUUAUGCCAGAUUAAAAACGCAUUUCUUUAGAGCUCCACUUUCCUCAAGUGCUCAUUCCGUUUUUAAUCCUUGACCUUUGCAGAAUAAUUUAAGGUUUUAAUUUUCAUAGACGUGUGUAUGACUGUGAAAGUAUCAAAUCAGAGGAAUUUAUUUUAUUACUACUGAUCACUGUAUUAGUGUCAGCCAAUAGUGGAGACACUAGUACAAGCCUAGAGAUAUUGUAUUAUGCAGGAGCGUUAGCAAUGGUGCUACUGAGCUGUAAUUUAAGUACUAGUGUAUUGUUUCGUUAUUAAAACUGCCUCGGUGCACAGCACUACCACCUUCAAAUGCUUAUUUUAAAGAGAUCCUCUUUUUACUAACCAGAGCUUAACUGGCAAAUGGUUUUUUAAUUAGCAAGUGGUCUGGUUUGAUUCUGCUACCAACUUAGAAACGUUUUCAACCAACCACAGAAUGGGCAAGGAAAAGGGAAGCCAGGAAUGGCAGUGUAAGUCUGCUCCUUUAAAUAGCAUAGAAAGAUGUGAAUACCUAUCCUAGUCUACAACUUAGGCCUUUUCAGAAUGUGUUACGCCUUGAACCUUUAGUGCACCACAAGUGUGGCGUUUACCAUAGAGGUGUUAAAUCCCUAACUACAGUGGAGUGGAGUAAUACGGGGAUAGUAGAUAAAUGUAUUCAGUUGUGUUCUACGAAGUCCGGGUGCAUAAUUGGUAACCAUACCUGAUUUAUUUGGGAUACACUUUGCCUCAGAAAGAUGUUUUGUACAAAGAAAAAGAAGACUGUGGGACCUAUAUUUUGUUAUUGAUACUAACCAAGUUUUUUUUAAAAAAACUUUAUGGAUUAGAGAAAUUUAGCGUGAUGUUAAAAUGACAGGAGUAAGCCAAUUAUUCUGAAAAUAAAUGUUUUGUGGAAUGGAAUUCUAAUGGCAGCGUAACCCAUUACUAAUUUUGGAAAAAAGAAGAACAGGUUUUUUGAAAAAUUUCAAAGGUAAAGAGCAGAAUUACAAGACAACAAUGAAAGAAACCAAGACAAAUAUGAGCUCUAUCCUUAAGAAAAAAAAUUAAUUAGCUAAUUUCUAUUGUGACAUGAACACAUGAAUCUUUGAUUACCUGGCAAAAAUAGCAGCCCAUUUAUAAGGGGAGCAAUAAUUGCUAUUGUAAAGUUUUGUGAGACGCUGGGCAUAUUAACAAAACUGACUAGCAAGAGUUUCAUUUCAUCUCAGGGAGAGAUUAAGCAAACUGAGGCCAUAGAGCCAAUUUUAAAAUCUGAUUUACAUUUUCUGCAUCAUCAAACCACCUCUGCAUACAAACUGAAACAACAGUGGUGUGUGCAUAUGCACACACCUAUGGAUUCCCUUUGAAGAUGAGUUAUGAUUUUGUCCUACAUUCAUUGUGCUCUUUUUCCAAAUGUCCAAUUAUCAAUAUAGAGAAUAACUGGGAAGUUAGUUAGAUUCUGACUAUUUGUCACUGCAAUAAAUAAGGCCCAUUUUACUAGUUGUCAGAUCUUAAAAAAAUAUGUAGUUUCAUGUCACUUACUUUAAAAUUAGCCAUGGCCAUUUGAUUGUCAGAAGAGCUGAGAAUGAUUCUGCAUUCAGUUUAAUAACUCUCCUAAAGUUAGUUUAAGUUGUGAAUGCCAACCACAGGAGAACAAAGGCUAGAUUUUUUACAUGGGUAUAUACUGUCUUAUGCAACAUAGCAAAAUUAACUUUUAGUGUAGUGUUCCUACCUCAGUCUGUAGUAAAUGGUGUUUUCUAUGCAGUGAGUGAUAGUCUUAAACUAAACAUUUUUCUUCCUAGAUUAAAGAUGCAGUAUUCCAUUGUUUUAAUUGCUAAUACUAGUUGUUUGUCAUAACAAUGCAUUAUCAUCCAGUGACAGGUGUGGCUCCAAUAUGUUCCACAUUAAAUUGUCAUUUUUCAAAAACCACCGAGAUGAAAUAUUGACCUUGACGAACUUUUGCAUCAAUCUGUUUUUAGAAUAGUGAUAAAUACCAUCCUUUGUUUAACCUUUUGCAGCUUUUACCUGGCAUUUUAUCCUAAAAUUAAUUAGUAGUUUUUUAAAUCUUAUUUUUUUUCCCGUUUGUGCCAUGAUAUGUUUCAUAUUUUGCUGUUAGUUUUAUCUGUCAUUUGUAUAAAAAGUCGUUUCCAUAGUUCUUAUAUCAGAGGAAGCAAAACUCUUAAUAAAGAAUAGUGUACUGCAUCUUUAAGCAGUAGAGGGUAAAAAUACCAGAAAAUGUGAAUUUCUUAGUUUUCAUAGAAGUUAACCUUUCAUGUGCCAAACACUGUAAGUUACAUUUUUUCCUCCAAAACAAUGUACCUUUUUCUACAUAUUCAAUAUGUAGUUAGCAUAAAAUCAUUGGUGCCAUGAAAAGUAUUUUUAAAUUUAAAUAAAUAUUUAAGUAUCAUGAAAACCCAGAGUUGGCAU